UACGAGGUGUCCGGCGCCAUCUUCUUCGUCAUGGAGCUGUGCACCGGCGGCGACCUCUUCGAGCGCGUCGCCGCGCGGCGCCGCUUCGGCGAGCGCGACGCCGCGCGCGCCGCGCGCGACGUCGUCGCGGGCCUCGAGGCGCUCCACGGCCGCGGCAUCCUGCACCUCGACAUCAAGCCGGAGAACAUUUUGUACAGCUCCCAGGGCGACGACGCCGUGCUGAAGAUCACGGACUUUGGCAUGAGCCGCUACGACGACCGCGUCACGCGGCGGCUGCGGGGCACCGUGGGCUACGUCGCGCCGGAGAUCGUCGCCGCGACGCUCGCGAAGCGGCCGCCGCUGUACACGUGCGCCUGCGACGCCUUCGCCCUGGGCGUCGUGCUCUUCGUGCUGCUCGUCGGCUACGCGCCCUUUUUCGGCGACGGCGACGACGACUGCCUCCGGAAGAUCCUGCACGGGUCCUACACGAUGCGGCCCGAGGACUGGGAGCGCGUGUCGCCCGGCGGCGUCGCCGUCGUCACGGGGCUCCUCGCGACGGACCCGACGGCCCGGCUUUCGGUGGAAGCGCUCGCGCGCGACGCCUGGCUCGCGGGCCCCCCGGCGGCCGCGGACGCGCCG